UGUAGCGCAUGAAGGAACUAAUGUAAAUUUGGUUGCUGCUAACGUGUGUAAUUUAUGUGUAAAGUAAAGAUUUUAAUAGCACAUAUCAGCAACUUACUCACUCAUAACCUGAUUCUAACCUAUCACAGGAAGUGCAGUGGGUGUAACUAUGAUGGAUAUACGCCCAAACCAUACAAUAUAUGUUAAUAAUCUCAAUGAGAAAAUAAAAAAAGAAGAGCUCAAGAAAUCUUUGUAUGCCAUCUUCUCACAGUUUGGUGAAAUUUUGGAUAUUGUGGCUUUGAAGACACUGAAAAUGAGGGGCCAAGCAUUUGUAAUAUUUAAGGAAAUUGGCAGUGCCACAAAUGCCUUGCGUUCUAUGCAAGGGUUCCCAUUUUAUGAUAAACCAAUGAGGAUUCAGUAUUCAAAGUCUGAUUCAGAUGUAAUUGCCAAGAUGAAAGGAACCUUCUCUGAACGUCCAAAGAAGGUGAAGAGAGUGCCGCCAACCAUUGAAGAAGCCUCUGUUGAUACAAAGAAGGCAAAAAGAAAGGCUGCCAAAGAACAGGCUCGUCUGAAUCUUGGAGGAACCACGCCGUUGGUACAACAGGUGACACAUGUUGGUGGUUAUGGACAAGCCUCACCUAUGCAGCAAGGCACGCCACAUGUAUCUACAACUGUUCCUGAACAGCCACCAAACCAGAUUCUUUUCCUCACAAACCUACCGGAUGAGACAAACGAAAUGAUGCUGUCAAUGUUGUUCAAUCAGUUUCCUGGGUUCAAGGAAGUUAGAUUGGUGCCAAAUCGUCAUGAUAUUGCAUUUGUCGAAUUUGAGAAUGAACUCCAGUCUGGUGCAGCUAAAGAUGCACUUCAGGGUUUCAAGAUUACGCCUUCCCAUGCAAUGAAAAUAUCAUUUGCCAAGAAGUGAAGUGUGUGUAUUCUAUUGUCCUUUCAAAGAACUACGUAUUACUCAGAAUACAGUGACACCAUAAUUUUAUGUUAUAUAGGGACAACAGCUUGGAACUCAAGUGGAAGGAAAACCUUAAAUGGAUGAAAUUCAGAAUUGAGCACAUUGAUCUGGGACUACAGAAAUUGAGCCCUAAAUUAGGGACUUACAUUGACUUUUCAAUGUGUUUGCUAUAUAGUACAUAAUACUAUGUGUAUCCAAUUUCUUUGUGUGUUAACCAGUAUAGUAGAUCAGGUUAUUUUAUAUAAAUUACUGUUUUGAAAGUAUUAAAUAAUUCUGUCACUUGUA